AUGCCUCCGAAAACAAAAUUCGAGCUUAAGGUCCCCAAGGGGACCAAAGACUGGGAGGGAACUGAUAUGGUCAUUCGCGACAAAAUCUUCAACACCAUCACACAGGUUUUCAAGCGCCAUGGCGGGGUAACCAUUGAUACGCCCGUCUUCGAAUUGAAAGAGAUUUUGGCAGGGAAAUAUGGCGAGGACUCCAAACUCAUCUACGACCUUGCCGACCAAGGAGGGGAGAUUUGCUCACUACGAUACGACUUGACGGUGCCGUUCGCUAGAUGGCUCGCCAUGAACAAGGAUAUCCAACACAUCAAGCGCUACCACAUCGCAAAGGUGUACCGGAGAGACCAGCCCGCCAUGACCAAGGGCCGAAUGCGAGAGUUCUACCAAUGCGACUUUGACAUCGCCGGUGUCUUCGACGCCAUGGUGCCGGACGCGGAGAUCAUUCGAAUUAUCAGUGAGGUCUUCGACGGCCUUGGCUGGAAAAACACAUACACCAUCAAACUUAACCACCGCAAGAUAUUAGACGGCAUCUUCGAGGUUUGCGGUGUCCCCGAGGACAAGAUCAGGACAAUCUCCUCUGCCGUUGACAAGCUAGAUAAACUACCCUGGGCCGAUGUUCGGAAAGAAAUGACGGAAGAAAAGGGCCUUGCCGAGGAUGUGGCCGACCGUAUCGGAGAGUGGGUGGUUCUCAAGGGGCAGCGCGAUCUCCUGGAGAAGCUGCAGGGUGAUGAGAAGCUUGCUGCGAAUGAGAAGAUGAAGCAAGGAAUGGCAGACUUGGCGCUCAUGUUUGAAUACCUCGACAACUUCCAGGUCCUAGACAAGGUGUCUUUCGACCUAAGUCUGGCUCGCGGUCUUGAUUACUACACUGGUGUGAUCUACGAAGUAGUAACGGAAGGCUCAGCGCCCGAGGUUAAAGCGCCAGCCCCCGCGGAGGGAGAAGUGAAGCCGAAGAAGAAAUCCAAGGGCAAGCAGGAUGCCGACGAUGAUCGCUCGUCGGAUCCUACCGUUGGGGUUGGUAGUGUGGCCGCGGGUGGCCGAUACGAUCACCUAGUUGGCAUGUUCUCAGGAAAAACGCAAAUCCCCUGUGUUGGUAUCUCCUUCGGUGUUGACCGCAUAUUCUCCAUUACCAAAGCCAGGCUGGCAGCCGACAAGGCCGCCGCAGCUGUGCGGAAGAACGAGGUCGACGUCUACGUUAUGGCAUUCGGAGGCAAAGGCUUCACGGGUAUGCUGAAGGAGCGCAUGUCCGUGUGCUCCAAACUUUGGAACGCGGGCAUUAAGGCCGAGUUCCUCUACAAGGUCAAGCCCAAACUUCCCAACCAGUUCAAGGCCGCCGAGGCUGGUGGUGUACCUUUCGCCGUCAUCUUCGGCGAGGACGAGUGGAACAAUGGCAAGGUUAAGGUCAAGGAACUUGGUUUGAAAGACGGACACCCUGAAAAGGAGGGUGUUGAGGUCACGCUGGAUGCGCUGGUGGCGGAUGUCAAGGCUAAGCUCAACAGACGGGCGGCGCUUGAGGAUAUAACGAGGCAAGCGCAGGGUUUGAAGGUAGUUGAUGGUAUCAAGGGAGAGCAGGUUGUAGCUCCGCCGGUCGAGGUUCCCGCCGAAGCUCCCGCCGAGGUUCCCGCCGCGGCUAAUCCGGAGGCGGCACCGGCGGAUGCCCCUAUCGCCGAUACCCCUUCCGUUGAGAACAAGUAA